AUGAGUGGCUGCGGGCGAUUUGAGGACGAAGACGAAGCGGAUGAGGGGAUGACGACGGUCGCUGAUGCGAAAGCGUCCGCACAGCACGCCCGUCCCACAGGCUUGGGCUCCUGGUCGCGCGCUACUGUCACGAUUGGUGCCGCAGCCGCAGCCGCCGCAACCGGCGCGCCGCAGCCGUGCCAAAAGUGCCGCGCCCGCGAAGCUAUCGUCGUCGUGCGCCAGAAUGAGCCGCUGUGCGCGGCGUGCCUUGAACAGGGGGUGGUGGGGAAAGUACGCAGCGCGACUAAAGGCAGGGGCCUGCUGCAAGAGGGCGACAGAGUGAUGCUCGCGCUUUCAGGCGGCGCGGCGUCCGCGGCUCUGCUGCACGCGGCACUGCAGCUGCAGAACCGCAACCCGCUGCGCGCAGAGCGUGGGCAGGUGUCUUUCACUCUUAGGGUGGUGCACGUGCGCGCGCCUGGGCCUGCGCCGCUCGCCGGCGCUCGCAGUGGCGACGGCGACGGGCCGGAUGCGGCAGCGGCAGCGGCAGCGGCGGCAGGGGCGAUUGCGGCCGCGGCAGGCGUUGCGGGCAGCUUCCGGGUGGUGCCUCUUGAGGCCGUGUAUGAAGAGGAUGACUCGCUGCUGUGGGCAGAGGACUCGAGCGACAGUGGUGACGCAGCGGAUGUGCAGCAGCAGCAGCAGCAGCAGCAGCAGCAGCAGCAGCAGCGGUUCCAGUCACAGGAAGCACAACAGGGCCAGCAGCGACAGGAGGGGGCUGAGGCAGCCUCCUUGGAUGACAACACGGCAACAGCGGGCACGGCCGAGGCGGCGAACGGCAUUCAUCCAGAGGCCCUGCAGAAGCACGAGGCGCGCCUGCGGGCGCUGCUGUCCGCAAUCAGCGACCCGACCGCCGCCGAAGACGUGGCGGCGCACCUGCGGGCCCGCCUGCUGCGCCGAGUCGCGCUGGCGGCCGGCUGCAACAAGCUGCUGCUCGGCGACUGCGCCAGCACGAUCGCCGCGCGCGUGGUGGCCGACGCGGCGAAGGGCCGGGGGUUCAGCCUGCCGGCGGACAUGCAGCCGCUCGACGCGCGCGCGCCCGGGCUUGUCGUGCUGCUGCCGCUGCGGGAGACGUCCAUGGGCGAGGCGGCGGCGCUGGCGGGGCUCCAAGGCCUGCUGCCGAGCGCGCCCGUCGCCGCGGCGGGCAGCGGCGCCGGCAGCCUAGGUGGGAGCCAGGGCGGUCAAGGGCACGGCGGGAGCGUGAACGGGCUGGCUCAGGCGUUUGUGGAGGCGAUGCAGGCCAACCUGCCGGCGUCGGUGUUCACGGUGCUGCGCACCGCGUCGCAGCUGGAGGCGUUCGACUUCAACGCGCCGGCCGCGGCGGGGCCGGCCGCGGCCGCGGCCGCGGCG